UGUUCCCAAACUUUUGAUUUAAUGAUUAAAAUUAUUUGAAGGAUAUCAGAAAUUUGAUUUCGAGUUAAAUCUCAUUUUCUUUUUUAUUUGUAUUAUAAUUUUGUUCUCAUGAUAUAAAAAAAAAAAAAUAUUUAUUUUAGUACAGCUAUCACAGGUGAUAUGUACCACUAAGGUAAAGCCGGAUUGGCCAAAGAAAAUUCUUCGCGCAUAAUUGCAUUGAUCGUAGAGUAGGGCAGUUAGUUUGUCGUAGAUCUUACAUAGAGAUAAUUAUCGGAUGUGCCAAUACUAAUAGCAGGGCACCGCAGGGGUUAGGGUUUAGUUGAGUGUUCCAGCCUAAACCCCAAGACACUUGUAGAAGUAGGCAAUUGAAAUCAAUUGAUUUGGAUAAUCAUUUUGAUUGACGUUUAGAAGUUGAAAAUUGAAAACUGAAAAUGGGCGGUGCAGUUAAAAUUGAAGAAGAGAAGGAAGGGGAGCAUAUGGAAACCAGGGAUUUCUUCUUCGAGAGAAUCGGCGAACCCGUGCCUAUCAGAUCUCAAGAGGAUUCCCAAUUCGACCUCCAAGCCCCUCCUUCUCAGGCCCUCGCCCUCUCCCAACGGUUCCAGCUACUAUUUCUCGCUUAUUCUUCUGGGUUUUUGGUGGCGAGAACCAAGGAUGUGAUUGAUUUGGCAAAGGACAUUAAGGAAAAUGGUACUUGUUCAAGUAUUGAGGAUCUGAGUGUGUUGGGUGUUCCCAUUAUCGGCAAGGUUCAUAUUCUGGCUCUUUCCACCAAAGACGAUUCCACGCUUGCGGUCGCUGUUGCGGCUGAUAUUCAUUUCUUCAGUGUCGACUCCCUUCUUAAGAAGGAGAUAAGUCCAUAUUUCUCCACUUCGCUCCCUCAUUCAAGCUUUGUCAAGGAUAUUCGAUGGAGAAAGAAGAAGGAUAACUCUUUCCUUGUUCUUUCAGAUGAUAGGAAGCUUUAUCAUGGAACUCUUACUAACCCUCUUAAACAUUUGAUGGACGGCAUUGAUGCUGUUGAAUGGAGUGUAAAAGGUGCUUUCGUUGCUGUGGCAAAAGAUACUAGUCUUAGUAUUCUGUCUUCCAAAUUCAAUGAGAAAUUGUGCGUAGCACUGUCAUUCAAGUCUUUGAUCGGUGAUUCUGAUGAUGAAUGCUUUGUAAAAGUGGAUGCUAUCAGAUGGGUUCGUCCUGAUUGCAUUGUUCUUGGAUGCUUUCAGUUGACUCCAGAUGCUAAAGAGGAAAAUUACCUUGUCCAAGUAGUCAAAAGCAAGACUGGAAAAAUCACUGAUGAAUAUUUAUUGCAGGCUACUUCUGACUUGGUUGUGCUAUCCUUCAGUGAUUUGUUUGUGGGUCUGAUUGAUGACAUUGUGCCCUUCAAAACCGGACCUUACUUAUUCUUGAGCUAUUUGGAAGAAUGUGAGCUUGCAAUUGCUGCUAACAGAAAGAAUACAGAUCAGCAUAUUGUGUUGCUCAGUUGGUCACUUGGUGAGAUGAGUGAAGCUUCAGUUGUUGAUAUUGAACGUGAUAAUUGGCUUCCAAGGAUUGAGCUUCAAGAUAACGGGGAUGAUAAUUUGAUCAUGGGUCUUUGCAUUGAUAAAGUUUCUCUCUUUGGGAGCAUGAAAGUCCAACUUGGAGUUGAAGAAGUCAAGGAACUUUCACCAUAUUGUGUUCUUAUAUGCCUUACUUUAGAGGGCAAGCUUAUUAUGUUCCACAUUGCAAGUGUCACAGAAAAUGCUGUUCCACUUGAUGCUUCCGCCCUUUCCGAUAAAGAAGAGGAUACCCCUGCUGUGGUACAAGAAGAGUUUGAUCCCCCCAAACUUACUUAUGGACAGGGUGAACAAAAGUCAGAACAGGUAGCUUUGGCUCUUCCAUUACCGGAUAAAAGUAAAACGGAGCUUCUUACCAGUGGAAGUAAUGACAUUCCUAUUAAAAGUGACGUAAACCUUUCUCAAAGGAAUGUGAAUUCAGUUACACAUGCUGCUGAUCAACUACUCCAUAAAGAUGAUAUCCAAAGAUCAGUUUCUUUAAAAAACUCCCUGUCUUUUGAAGCUUGUGGCCAACAAAAACCUCCAACCACAAAGCUGUACCUAGAAGCAGGCAGUCAACAAAAAUUGCUUUCUGGACAGGUAGGUACAACAAAUUCAGGGCAGUCGUCUUUGAAGACUUCUCAACUAGAGGGGCCUGGCAACAAGGUGAGGGAUGGUAGUCAAACAGAAAGUCAAAAGAAUGCAGGAUUUGGAUCUUUUGUGGGGAAAGUUUCAAAUGAUACCUUAUCACAACCAAACCAUGAGAGCACACCAAAAAAUUUUGAUCUGGUUAAGGAAUCAGUAGGAGAAGCUGGAUCUAUUGGUUCACAGAGUGCAUCAUAUCCGUCCUGGCCAAAUCCAUCAUCUAAGCCAUUUUCAAGUGGAAAAUUCAUGGUUUCAGAGGAGUCGGAUGCGAGAUCUCCGUUUUCAUCUUCAAGUGAUAUUCAGUGUAAUAGAUCUCAGAGUACUGGAGGUGCUACAAACAUUCCUAGGGGCAAUGUUGGAAAACCUACACAUCUGAAAGAUACUGCUGGGGUAUCAAUUUCAAUCAAUAAAAUUUCAAGCAUACCAGCCGAUAGCGGGGCUCAGAAAUCUUCAAUAGGGGCAGGAAAUAUUGACUCAGCACCUUUAAUUCGUGGCUCACAAUUAUCAUCACAGCUAAAUUUUGCACUGGAAAAGUCUGUCAACCAAAAGCUUUAUCCCCCCAAGGAUGACUACAAGUCUGCAACCCAGUCAGGGAUGCUGAAAUCUGAACCACACUUAUCGAAACAAUUCAGCAAUAUUAAAGAGAUGGCCAAAGAAUUGGACACACUUCUGGAAUCUAUAGAAGAAACUGGUGGCUUUGGGGAUGCUUGCACCGUUUUCCAAAAAGGUUCAGUUGAGGUGCUGGAGCAGGGCAUAGCCUUUCUUUCUGACAAAUGCAGGAGUUGGAAGGACAUGAUGGAUGAGCAGCAUGGGAAGAUCCAACAUCUUCUUGAUAAAACGGUACAAGUUUUAGCGAGGAAAAUAUACAUAGAAGGCAUUGUUAAACAAGCCUCGGAUAGCCAGUAUUGGGACCUGUGGAAUUGCCAGAAGUUGAGUUCUGAGCUUGAGCUUAAGCAGCGAAAUAUAUUGAAAUUGGAUCAGGAUUUGACCAAUCAGUUAAUUGAAUUAGAGAGGUAUUUCAACACCUUUGAACUUCAUAAAUUUGUUGAUAAUGAUGGAGUUCAUGCAGUUCGGAGAGCUUUACAUAGUAGAUUUGGGCCUUCAAGACACAUGCAGUCCCUUCAUACUUUACAUAGCACAAUGAAUUCACAACUAGCAGCUGCUGAGCAACUUUCUGAAUGCCUUUCACAACAAAUGGCUAUGUUGAGUGUAGAGUCACCUGUGAAACAACAAAAUGUGAAGAAGGAGCUGUUCCAAACGAUUGGAAUAGCUCAUGAUGCCUCUUUCACCUCUCCACAUGUUACAAAACCUAGUGAUACAUCUUCAGUGAAGAAACUUGUUCUUUCCUCUGGGUCCACUGCUUCUAGAAAUCAGUCCAGGAGAAACCAAUCCAGUGCUCUGAAGAGUUUUGACCUAGAAAUGGCAAGGAGGAGGAGGGAUUCACUGGGUCAGAGCUGGGCUAGUUUUGAGCCUCCAAAAACUACUGUAAAAAGGAUGCUUUUGCUAGAAUCGAAUAUAAAAAGAUCAUCCAUGAUAGAUAAGAACUUUCACUCGUAUGCCCCUGAGGAAUCAACAUGUUCAUUGUCAAAGGAAUUCACAGCAACCUCAACCACGAUUUAUCAAUCUGGAAAUGAAGUUAAAACAGGCAUUCAGGAUGCUUUUCUGAAACAGGAAUCUGAAUCAACCCUUUCCCGAAGGGCUAAUAAUUCUCUAGUACCACCACAAUAUGCUGGUAGGAAGUCUUCUACAGUGCAAACAAGUAACUUAACUGCUUUGUCAUCAACAUCAGGAUCACAACCUAUGGUGGUGCAGAAUCAUUCUGGGGAAACAUGCAGUAUCACUUUUGCUAAACCAAAGGGCGGAGCUCCUCAGCUUGAGAGGUCUAAUAUUUCAUCUUUCAAUGAGAAUGAGAUUCGAUCCACUCUGCAGUUUAGACCUAAUCUAUGUCAAGAGUCUUCAAUCUCACAGGUGGUUUCAUUGCCAAAGAAAUCAACUGACAUCUCAAAUUCAGAUGGAAAAGGGACUGUGUUUGCAAAUUCAGCAUUAGGGGAUGUGAAACAUGUGCCAUCAACCACAAAGAAUACACUAUUUGGUUCUUCUAACAAUCACGACUCUCAGUUCAUGCCUCCAGCUGCUGUUUCUGCAUCUCCUGCCUUCUCAGUUAAAGUUUCACAAUUCAAUGUUGUAAAAAGCAAAAUCCAGCCCAGUGAAAGGUUAUCUCCGUCUUCUGCAUUCUCAAAACGAGUUCCGGAUUCAUCAUCUUCAGUAUCAAGUUCAUCAGCUCCUUCAUUAUCAUCAUCAUUUUCAACAGUGCCAACCUCAUCACUCACAUCAAUUACAACAUCAGUUUCUGUGUCAUCAUCUACAACAACCGUUUCAUCACCAGCCCCAAAAUUUUCCUUUUCAACCUCAUUUUCAACAGUGUCAACUUCAUCAUCUGCAACACAAUUUCGCGAAUGUAUGACAAGUUCUAUGGUUACAGCAGAUGCUAAUAGAAAAGCUUCAUCUUCAUCAUCUCUGUCAGUUUCACUCUCUGCGGUUGUUUCCUCUUCCAAUUUGUCCAUUCAGCCUCUCCAAAUUCCUGUGCCCUUACCUGCUGAUUCACCUCCUGUGAGUUCAAUCCCUGAGAUUUUGAAAACUGAGGCUCAACCGCAUAUGGAAAUACUUGGCUUGAAAAAGGAUUUGGAUUCAAUGACACAGGCACCACCUCUGCAACAUGAACUUUCAGCAGAAGAAUUGAGUUUGAAGCCUAAAUCUGCAGUAUCAUCUGCAAGGAUAAGUGAAACUCCUACCAGAGUGUCAUCUGGAAGCCAGACCAGCAUUGUUGAUGUUGCAAGCCCUGAAUCUAAUUUGGCAUCAAAUGCUCAGUCAGUGCAGCCUUCUACUGGAGAUACUCGUUUUUCAGCACCAAUGUUAACUAGUAUUGGUACUGCUAAUGGAACAAGUGGAAGUUUGGAUGUAAUAGUUACACAAGAGGAUGAGAUGGAGGAGGAGGCUCCUGAGACAAACCAAAUUACCGAACUUUGCUUGGGAAGUUUAAGUAGCUUUGGGAUUGGAUCAACUCCUAACCCAUUUGGUGAACCAUUUCGAAUUGUGGCCAAAAGUCCAGCUACCUCUUCGUUCACCACAACUGUUCCUAGUGGAGAGUUGUUUAGGCCUGCAUCUUUUAGCUUCCAAUCUCCACAGCCUUCCCAAUUGGCUCAACCUGCAAGUUUUGGUGCAUUCGCUGGUGGCUUUGCUUCUAGCACACCUGGUCAAGCUCCUGCUCAAAGUGCUGUUGGCCAACCAGCACAGCUUGGAGCUGGACAGCAGGCUCUAGGAUCAGUUCUUGGUGCUUUUGGGCAGUCAAGACAGCUUGGUACUGGAUUACCGGGAAGUGGUUUUGCUUCUGGGAGCAGUUUUGGUGGUGGUUUUGCAGGUCCUCAAUCUGCUGCUGGGUUGUCUAAUGCUGCAGUAGGAGGUGGGUUUGCUGGUAUUGCCUCUACUAGUGGUGGCUUUGCUGGUUUGGCUUCAGGUGGUGGGGGAUUUUCUGGUGUGGCUUCUAGUGGUGGAUUUGGUGGUCUGGCUUCAGGUGGCUGGGGUUUUGCUGCCUCAGUUAGUGGAGGAUUCACAGGUGCUGCCUCAGUUAGUGGUGGAUUUGCUGCUGCUGCCUCAGGUGGUGGUGGUUUUGCAGGAGCUGGCUCAGGGGGUGGGUUUGGCGCUUUCAGCAGCCAACAAAGAAAUGGUGGUUUCUCAGCCUUCGGAGGUAGCGGGGGACAAAGUGGCAAACCUCCUGAGCUUUUCACACAGAUAAGAAAAUAGUUUGACAAAUUCUAGAUAAAUGAUCCGAGGGGAGUUUAAUUUGUUGGUGGGAAGGUGAUCAUUUUUUUUUUUUUUUUUUGGAAGGGGGUGCUAAUAGACUACAAAUGAAAAUUGUAACAUUAUACUUGGUAUUCUUUGGGGUGCGAGGUCUGCUUUGCUGAUAAUAUCGACACCAGAUAAAGCGGAUGCUUACUUUUUGGAGUUAAUUAAAUAUUUGGUACAUGAAUUUUGCCAAUGACAUAUAUAUAUAUGUAUAU